GAACAUGUUGGCUCGAAUAUGAUCAGAUCCAGCACUUCCCCCAAGGGGUUGGCAUGUAAUUAACAGGGUAUUUAUCUACUAAAUACCCGUUUUGCUAUGAUUAAAAUUAAAUGAAACAACAAAAGCAUACAAAUUGCCGGUAAUUAGCGUAAAAUUGCAAAGACAAAAAGCUCCAAAGCUCAAUUAGCUUUCGUUCUGGAAAAUUGCGAGAAUCGUAAACGAAGCUCCCUCCCGUUCCGUGCAUAAGGUAGGGAAAGGGGAUUAAUCGAGGGAGUGGAGCGAUAAGAAAGGUUCAAAAAUAGGUCGAAAGGUACAUACAUAGAUUUUCAUAUGAGCGGUGUAUCAUAUCAGCAGGUGCUUCAAAGCUUUGUGUUUUUUUUGAUAAGAGCAUUUCGUUCUCCUCAUUAAGGUUGGGAGAUCAUUUGAAAUUAUAAAAAAGAAACUUUUAAAAGUUGGGCCCUUUUAACUAUUCAUCUACAUUUUUUAAAUUGCGAAUCCUCUGAAGAGCGCUCCACAAUCAGAUAUUUCUAUGAAUCUAUAGCAUUCAGAUGCACUUCUCCUCUAAAAAUAGAUAGAAACGGGUUUCUGAUGCAAACCUGAUCCAAAACUGGUACAUAAUGGAUUACAAAAAUGUUAAUGCUGCCAUAAAACUACAACCAAUCUCUUUUUUCCAAUCAUGUGAAUAGAAAUCUAUAAGAAUGCUUUAAAAAUGGGGACUGCCCCUCCAAAAUUAGCAACUUAACCUAAUGGCCCCAUUCCCCCAUUCUCAGUCCAGAGAGUCGGGGCAUAAGUCUUGACAUAACCUUCUAGUAGCAAAUCAGUAGCAAUAUGGGGCCGCAUCAUAAUAGAAUCAUAAUCAUUUCAUAAUCCGAGAAAUAAUGUGUGCUCUGCCCCAAACAUAACAAUAAUUAUGAGGCACACAACAUCCCCGCCCCAUGCCCAUGCCCAUUCCUAUUCCCACUCUUCAGCCAGUCAAGGGGGCCUUCCUUAAGUGCGCUCUGUAAAACUGUGGGAUGUCUGGUUGCGGUUCCGUCUUACAGCAGAAAAGCACGCCAGGCGGUGUCCACUUCACGAUAAACAGCAGAUAAACAGAGCCACAAAAUGAAAAGCCUAUUUCCUCUCGGGUCCUCUCGAGCCGCCGCCCAAAAGUGUAAUUAAUUAAUUUCGCGCUCGUUCGCUGGUCAUCCAAUCCAAUCCGAUCUGCUGCAGAACAUCAGAGAUUUGCAUAGCCUCUCGCUUGCCACACACAGCAUCCACGGGGGCAAGCAGCAAUCAGUUUACGUUCCGCUUUGGUCGUGUACACGCUGAACGGAUCGAAAUAGGGAGCGUCUUCAAACUGGAUCACAUCUUCGAGGACUACCAUCGGCAACAGUUUCAUAAAAUGUCGCACGGUGAACGUAAAGGUCGCCUCAAUGUGGUCAAAUUUCUGGAAUUGGGGUUUGCCGUGGCCUGUUUGGUGCUGCACUUUUACAGCUUCAACGAUCGCGAUAUUAUGACAUCAUUUCUGGCCACCGGCACCUUCACGGGCUACAUUAUCGUGGUGAUUGGUGUAUUUGCUGGCGUUCUGAUGCGGGCACCCAUUCACAAGCGCAUCGACAUAUUCUUCAGCGUCAUGGGCUGCGCCCUAUUCGUGGCUAGCGGUGUGUUCAUCAUCGAGGCUUGGGAGUUCUCUUUCAGGACACGGACACGCGACCUGGCGCUGAUCAAGGCCUCACUGUCUAUCGUCAAUGGCGUGCUCUUUGGAUUCGAUGCCAUCUUCACCUUUCGGGACAAGUGAACGGGCCUCACACAACCUUUAUUUUGUGUUUUUUUAUUGCUUCUUUCAUACGCAUUUAAUAGUCCAUAAGUCGCAGAUUCAGAUUCAGAUUUAGCGUUCAUUUAAUUUCAUUUAUUUAUAUAUUUUUUACUCAAACAUUCGCUCUUUAGAAUAACACUAACCACACAUACAACUGAAUAGCUUACAACUUACUAGCGAGCUCCCCCAAGUUCUCCCCUACCGAACCUACCCAACGUGCUGUGCUGUGUGUGAUGGUGGUGAUGUCUUAGAUUAAUACAACUGCAGAGGUUUUAGUCACUUUAGCGCUGCCCCUUUGGGUGCAUUCUUAGAUUUUAAAACACAAUUGGAAACGAUUGGAUGCAUCUAUGAUAGUUACAAUAAUUUUCGAUUGCUUUGCCUUCGCCACAGAAACGCAUCUUAGAUUACAUUUGCAUACGUUCAGAUCUAGUCUUCAGCGAUUCCAUGCGUCUGUUAGAUGCCCUUGAUUCCCAGAGAGUGAUGGGAGACGCUGCUAGCUACUCUAGCAGCUCGCAUGCAUCGAUUCUCUCUGUGAUCGAACGCAUCAGACGAUUUUAACAAUUGCUUUUGCUUUACACACAUUCUAAGAUUGCUCGUACAAUUUGCAUACACGUCAGUCACUCUCUUACUCUCGUCAAUAUGAUCGUCCUUGUCCCCUAAACUCGCUUAAAUGUAAGUGUUAUAAUUUGUCUGUUAUUGUGUGAGAUUUAGUCUCAAUAAAAAGUAAAUCGUC